CGGCGUUCCUGACAGUUUGAAACAAGUUGCCCCUUACUCGCCAUGUCGACUUCUCCUCGAGAACCACAGUUCCAUCACGCUGUCUUGAUAGAUACGACCCCUCUACCGGAUUCCGUCCCUAAGGUUGAGGAAGUGGGUGCAACAUCCGCCCCGCUCCUAUCGGCGUCAUACUUCAUCGGGGCGAGAUGCAAGGAUUAUAACGAGGACUACAUGCUUUGCAAGCAUGAAGCCAAGGGAAGGGGGCCAGUUGAUUGCUUAAGAGAGGGGAGAAAGGUUACCAGAUGUGCUUCCUCAGUGCUUGAGGAUAUCAAUAAAUACUGUCUGAAGGAAUUCAGAGCGCAUUGGGAAUGUCUGGAUCAGGCAAACCACAAGCUUUUUUCGUGCAGAGCCGAAGAGAAGCCAUACAACAAGUGUGUCUUUAAUAACUUGAAACUCGAGAAAGUCAUUCCGGAUACACCAAAGGGUGAGGUUCCGGUACAUCUCAAGGAGAGCCCGAUAUGGCGCCAAAAAUAAGAUAGCUCUCCGAUCUACCUAGAGCAUGGAGGCACGGUCAUUGACCCAGGAGUGGUAUAUGCCACAACCUCUGAUAUUUGUUUUUGUACAUGGGCAACAAUUCAAGGAUAUCAUAGAA